AAUCAAUCAAGCUGCUGGGGAGGUGGCUGAACAAAACCCUUAUCUCAAUUUCCCCCGAAUAUGCCAUUUUUGAGGAUUGUGAGACUUCUGCUGCCUGGGAUUAGGAUCUUGAUUAGAAGCUCGUUACUUUGGUUGCUGUAGAUGCAUAUCCGUGAAUAUAUUCCUUCUUGGAUCUACCAGUUAUUUGGUUGCAUGGGAGGUUGUUUUGGGAGCUGCAAUAAACCACCACCGCUUAUAGUUGCAGUGGAUGAGCCGUCUAAAGGUUUAAGGAUACAAGGUCGUUUAGUGAAGAAGCCAAGCGUAUCAGACGAUUUCUGGAGCACGAGCACCUGCGAGAUGGAUAACAGCACAAUGCAGUCACAAAGAAGCGUGUCUUCUAUUAGCUUCACUAACAACACUGCAAGUAGUAGCAACCCCAAUGAAUUUGUUAAUACUGGAUUGAACCUCUGGAACCAGACUAGACAACAGUGGCUUGCAAAUGGAUCUUCUCAAACAAAGGCCAAAGUUCGAGAACCUACAAUAAGCUGGAAUGCAACAUACGAGAGCUUGUUGGGUAUGAACAAGCGGUUCUCACGCCCAAUACCUCUCUCUGUAAGCAUCUUUCUCCUUAUCCCAGAUUUAUUUACAUGUGAGUUUAGGGUUUGUUGAUCUGUAAUCAGUGGCGGAACCAGAAAUAAUUUUUACCGGGGUGAUAAUAUACAAAUUUGAUAUUAAAAAUUGAUAAUAUAUGAUACUAUAACAAAAAAUAUUUUGUUUGAUGGGGGCAUAUGAAAACAUAAACAUAAAAUUAGUGGGGUCAAAUGCCAAAAUGUUAAAGUAAUUUUAGAAAAAUCUACACUAAAUUUUUUUUUCCCAAAAUUUAUUGGAGUCAUGUGACCCCACAACCUCUUCUUUGCCUCCACCCCUGUCUGUAAUGAUUAUUGAUUUGUUGCAGGAAAUGGUGGACUUUCUGGUGGAUGUGUGGGAGCAAGAGGGCUUGUAUGAUUGAUUUGCUGAAACUCUUUCAAACUUACUUUCAUCAUUUCUUUUCUCUUAUCAUGUGUGUAAUAUCUGAAUUAUGGGAUCUUUAGUCUUAUUCUGUAAGUAUAAACGAUAAGGGGGUGUGAACUGAUUUUGAAGAAAAUCGUACCAAAAUCAAUUAUUGCCCAGAAAGUAAAAUUAUGUUUCAAGUUGUACAUUUCUUCUGACCAUUAUC